GAUCAUAGGAUCUGAACAACCCGCUUACAACCCAUGUGAUUGAGUAUGUGACUAAGAAGAAUACGACGUCGUUUUGCAGUCGUUUUCCUUAUCAUUCCCCAUCUCACUUAUCAGUGAUCAUCAUCGGACUCAUCAUCAAACAUCCGUUGUUCUUACCUUUCUCACCUCAAAUCAAUUUAGUCAAACCCCUCAAAUGUUCAUAAUUUCUCACAAUUCAAUUUCCCCUUUAAUCUCUUCUUCUUAAUCUAGCUAAAUCUUUUCAAUAUUACUCUUUUUUCUACUUUCUUUUCGCUCAAAAAUGGCUUCCAUGGAAGAAUCCAACAAAAGCUCCAAUCUUUAUGAUUCUUCAUCUUCCGCAGCACAACCCCUUUUAUCAAAACCCUAUCCUACUCCUUCAAUCGAAGAAUAUCAACCUCAACAACAAUCUUUACCUCAAUCUGCUUCUGAUAAUACCCAAUUCCUUCAAAUUGCUUAUAAUUAUGGUCCAAGACCUUUCAAGGACUUGCCUUUUCUCAUCCUUUUUCUUCUUUUCUCUAUUUGCUGUUUUGGGUUUGGUAUUUUCUCAAUUGCCCAUAAAAAUUCUAACUUUUCUUCUGUUUCUUCCUUUUCCUAUGACCCCACCUCCUCAUCUUGUGUCAAACACACCAUUUCCAAUCAUGGGUCUUUUCUUGAUUUUUAUGGGUUUUCCAAUUUUAAGUCUUCCUCUGAUGAAUUUGUAAGAGGGUUAGUAUGGGUACUUGUGAUUACUUUUAUUUUGAGUUUACCUAUUGUGUGGGGUGUGUUAUUGUUGCUUAAACAUUACACUAAGCAGCUUGUUUAUGUUUCACUUCCUUUCUUUGUUGUGAUUCCAAUUGGUGUAAAUGUUUAUUGGUUUGUUGCCUGCACAAUUAGUUCUUCAUGUAGUGAUGCAUUGCCACUUGCUUAUAGGAUACUGGUUAUGCUGUUUGUUUUCUUGGUCAUUGGGGUUAUUGUGUGGAUUUUUGUCCUUAAUUGGCAUAGAAUUGAGCUGACUAUUAACAUAAUUGGUGUUGCAUCGAAUGCCCUUUCGAGGAAUUUAGGGUUGUUUGGUGUUGUCCCAUGUUUAAAGCUUGGGUUGUUGGUUUACUAUGUGCCAUUUGUUGUGUUCUUGGUGUUCGCGCGGUAUAAUGGGAAGAUUGUACCUCAUCAAUCUAGAGGAGAGUAUCAUUGUGCUUGGAAGCAAGAUAGUUGGGUGGGUGCUUAUUAUGCAUUGGCAAUAUUGACAAUGUUGUGGUCUGCAACUGUGAUGUUGGAAGCUAAGGCUUAUGUGGUUAGUGGGACUAUUGCUCAGUGGUAUUUCUCAAAGGAUGAUUCAAACCCAAAAAGAAAAAUCAGAAGUUCUUUGAGAAACGCAUUUGGCCCGUCAGCUGGAACUAUAUGCUUUUCUGGGUUAAUAAUGUUCGUUGUGCGCAUGGUGCGUGCUGCUGUUGAUGGUGCAAGACAAGAAGAUGCUACGGGAAUUGUGAAAGUUCUUAGGUGUUGUGUCAAUGUUUUGCUGGCAACUGUUGAUUUCCUAAACAAGUUCACCAUCAACUUUGCUGCUAUCACUGGUGAAACUUAUUGUACGUCUGCUAGGAUGACUUAUGAACUUUUGAAACGUAAUCUUCUCUCAGCUGUUUUUGUGGAGACAAUUUCUACACGCUUACUGGCUGGAAUAAUCUUCGUCCUUUCAGCAAUAUAUGCCGUUGUGGUGUGUGCCAUCCUAAAUGGUAUAACUGAUCUUGGUGUAUAUUCCUAUUACGUUGCCCUACUGGCUUGGUUGCUGCUGUUUUUGGUGCUCGGUUUCUUCAUACAUCUUCUUGAGGACGUGAUCGACACAAUCUACAUAUGCUAUGCCAUUGAUCGGGACAGAGCAGAAGUCAAUAAACCCGAGGUUCAUGAUGUUUAUGUUCAGCUUCCUAUAAGUAGGAGCAUCCGAACACCGCUCGUGUAAAUUAUACACUAGUUUCCAUUUCUUUUUUUUUUUUCUUGUGUGGUUAAAUUUUCAUCUUUGUAAUUCUAAUUUGUUAUCCCACUUUGUUGACUCCUAGUGGGCUGUGAAUAUCUUUCUUUGGUUCAUUUGUAGAAUUUGAAGUUUUGAAUUACAAUAAAUUUAACAAAUGGAGGUGGAAUUCUUCAAGAAACUAUAUGAGGAGUGAAUUUGUUGUCUCUCUUCUUUUUUCAA